GUUUCUUUGUUUAGAUUGGAUGGCGAUAUAAAUAUCAAGAAUCUUUUACACGUAACCACGACGUGUUCGCCCCAUAUUUAGACCAAAGCUGUUAUCUCUCUGCCUCUCAGUUAUCUCCAAAAGGAAGUAAACAAAAGGAAUUUUUUUGAAGUAUGAUUGUUAGUAUGCAAGACAAGGGUGAAGCACUACUUUCAAAGUGUUCAAAGGGUUUCAAAAGCUUAGUUAGAAGAAAACAAGUUGAUUCGGUCCAUGUAAGGAGAGAAGGUCACCAAUUAGCCAGGAAACUAACUGCUCUUGACCUCACUGCCAUUGGAGUAGGGACAACCAUUGGAGCUGGGGUAUAUGUUCUUGUUGGAACAGUUGCUAGAGAGCACACAGGACCUGCUCUUACUGUUUCAUUUCUCAUUGCCGGACUAGCUGCCGCGCUCUCCGCAUUUUGUUAUGCGGAGCUUGCUAGUCGUUGCCCAUCUGCUGGGAGUGCAUAUCAUUAUGCCUAUAUAUGCAUAGGGGAAAGUGUUGCUUGGUUGAUCGGUUGGUCUUUGAUUCUAGAAUACACAAUUGGUGGUGCUGCUAUUGCUCGUGGCAUAUCACCGAAUAUAGCCUUAUUUUUGGGAGGUGAAGGUAAUCUGCCUGCCUUUUUGGUUCGUCACACUAUCCCUCAGCUCGGAGUUGUGGUGGAUCCAUGUGCAGCCAUUUUAGUUCUUAUCGUCACGUUUCUGCUGUGUGCCGGAAUCAAGGAGAGUUCACUGGUACAAACAAUUGUUACAACGGUGAAUGUGUGUGCCAUGCUUUUCAUUAUAGUAGCUGGUGGCUAUUUGGCUUGCAAGACUGGAUGGGUUGGUUAUGAACUUCAUGGCCGGUUUUUCCCCUUUGGGCUAAAUGGGAUGCUAGCAGGAUCUGCUAUUGUGUUUUUUUCAUAUAUAGGCUUUGAUGCAGUUACUGGUGCUGCUGAAGAGACAAAAAGACCUUUACGAGAUUUACCGUUGGGCAUAGGGAUGACUUUGACACUGUGUUGUAUUUUGUACAUGCUCGUAUCAGUUGUUAUUGUUGGCUUAGUUCCAUACUAUGCAUUGAAUCCAGACACUCCUAUCUCCUCAACUUUUUCUGCCAACGGAAUGCAGUGGGCUGCAUACAUAGUCACAGCUGGGGCAGUUACUGCUCUCUGUGCAAGUUUGAUGGGUUCACUUCUUCCUCAGCCACGACUCUUGAUGGCAAUGGCCAGGGAUGGAUUAUUACCUGCAUUCUUUUCUGACAUCAGUACACGCACCCAAGUUCCAGUAAAGAGCACAGUGACAACCGGUAUGCUUGCUGCAGUAUUGGCUUUUUUUAUGGACGUUUCGGAAUUGUCCGGGAUGGUUAGUGUUGGUACUCUGCUUGCAUUCACUGUUGUUGCAAUUUCGAUCUUAAUACUCAGAUAUGCUCCUCCAGAAGAGGUGCCACUUCCAUCAUCUCUUCAACAGUUCAUUGAUUCAGUGAGGAAGCAGCUUGAUGAUGAUAGUCAGUCGAUGGAAAGAAAAGAAUUUAAUGAUGCUGAUAUUGUCGAGCAAAGUCCAAGUCAGUCAGUGUAUGGGGAGGCUUCAAUUCAGUAUCCUCUUAUUGAAAAGCAAUUCUGUGAAGGUAAUCAAGAUAAACAAAAUCCGCGGAGACGGAGGAACAUUGCAAUUUGGAAUAUAGCCCUUUUCUGCAUAGGUGUUCUUGUUCUUACAUCUGCAGCUUCUGCUGAAUACCUUCCAAGCCUUGUUCGUUUCAGUUCGGGCGCAGUCGGUGCAGCGAUCCUGUUGUGCAGUUUGGUUGUUCUUGCAUGUUUAAACCAGGAUGAAGCUAGGCACAGCUUCGGGCACACAGGAGGUUUCCUUUGCCCGUUUGUUCCGUUUUUACCGGCAGCUUGCAUUUUGAUCAACUCAUAUUUACUAAUGAGUCUUGGAGUUGGGACAUGGAUCCGGGUUUCGAUCUGGCUGAUUAUGGGGGCAUUGGUUUACAUAUCUUAUGGAUGGCGCCACAGCUCCCUCACAAAUGCAGUGUAUGUUCCUAUGGCAUAUCUCGACCACAUUUACCGUGCAUCGUCAAGUCAUCAAGUUUGAACUCUGAACUUGUGGGGGAGGCAUCAGUUGUCUUUAAGCAUCUGCCAUUUUUUAACAACAAAGAUGCUUUACUUCAAUGUAUUAUUCUUAUUGUAUAUUUCUGAAUCUUUGAUCUUGCUGUACGGCGAAGCAGACUAGCAAUACAAUCAAUCAUGACUUUUUCAUUUUUUUUAAAAAUAUAAGCACAUAUCUCUCCAAAUGGGGAAGACUAAAAAAUGAAAAUACUGUUGUGGGAUAUGUAUGAGUCAGGAACUGUAUAAAAGACUUUUUAAUCUGAUCAAAACUUGUUUA